UCCACACCGAGAAUCGGUAGGACUGGAAAGGGGUCAUUGUCGCUGAAGUGCAUGCGAUUCGGUCAAAAUAUCCAACCGAAUCAAAAGAGGCAUGCUAUCCAUGCUACUGCAGUUUAUACAGGCUGCAUAUCUGAAGUCAUGGUUUUCUCAGGCUAUGUCGGUGAACGGACAACCACCACGGGUCACGGUAUUCAAAAUCGACCGUUGGAUCGAAAUCUGACGAUCGCCCUCUAUUCAUGCAAGACUCGCUGUUGCUCGUGCCUUGAGAAUAUUCAAAGAUUGCGAGGGAAGUGAUCGCAAAGAGGAGACUUCUCUUGAACAUGGCUUCUUCUUUUUUUUUUUCGGGACCACUUACCUGGCACGGUAUGGCUAGACGGCGUACAUCGAC